UGUUCUUAAAUGGUCUGUCUCUUGGUAAUAAUUGAUGAUGGACAGGGACAUUAACACGUUGUUCAUGUGUUUCAGCCAUGGGGACCAGACUGUUACUGCCCUGUUUUCUGGUUCUGCUGUCAUGUGCACUCUGCUAUGCUGGGUCUGCCGGGAAAGAGUUUGCCACCGCCUUCAUGCAGAACUACCUGCCACACUAUGGGAAAGCCCGCCUCCAGAUCCAGAUCUCUGCCCUGCACGCCGACACUAAGGUGAAGGUGAGCGUGCCUUCGCUGCAUUUCGUCCAGGAGAAGACGCUCGGCGCUGGGGAAGGCACCGUCAUCCAGCUGCCUGCUAACAUGGAGAUGGACGGCUCCCAGAGGACACCUAAAACGGUCCGGAUCGAGGCCAACCAGGAAGUGACGGUGGUCUCCCUAAACUUCAAGCGGUACACCGCUGACACCGCGGUGGUCUACCCCGUAUCAGAGUGGGGGACCGAAUACUAUAUCUUCACUCCCAGCUCCCCCCCCCCGGGGACCUUCAAAGAAUUCUCCAUCACCAACCACAAGCAGCGCAACACGGUCCAGAUCUUCCCCCGGGCGCCAGUGCGGUUCCAGGGAAAGCACUAUGCCCCCGGCAAUAAGAUCAGCAUAGAGCUGCAGCCUUAUGAGAGCAUGCAGAUCCAGGGCAUGCAUGACCUAACGGGCAGCCGGGUGCUCUCCACUCUCCCGGUAGCAGUGUCCAGUGGCCACACCUGCACCUGGAAGUUCUCCAAAUGCAACCAUGUGUACGAGCAGCUGGUGCCUGUCCAGAACUGGGGCAAGAAUUUUCUGGUGGCACCCCUGCACUUCCAAACCCGCUAUGACAGUGUCUAUGUUCAGGCUUCUCAGACCACACGGGUAGUGCUCAAAUCAGGCGGCAGGGAUAAGGUGCUGCGCCUGAACAAGGGUCAGGCCCAGGAGAUCCAGAUUACAAAGGACAAUGGUGUCCUCAUCACCGCCGACCAUGGCAUCCAAGUCCUUUACCUAUUCAACGGGGUCCGUGUAAGCCGCUCGCUGAUGUACGACCCGUUUCUCAUGACCGUGUUGCCCACUGACCGCUUCUGCUCCUCGUACACUCUGGACGGGCAGGCUGACUUUGACAACAAGGCCAUCUUCCUGGUUCGCAACGGUGACAUGGCUGGGCUCAGGUUUGACAACGCCCCCCUGCCCAGGAAUGUGGCAUUCCAGCGUAUAGAUGGGACAGAGUUCUCCUGGGCUGAGGUACCCUUCAAGGCUGGAGCGGGCCGUCAUAGUGCCGCCCACCCCACUGCAUCCUUUGGGGUCUACAGCAUUGGUGUGAGCCAAAUGAAUGGGUAUGGAGCCCCAGCACAAUGUGGCCAAUCAGUACAAUAA